CCUCAGCGGUUGCAUUCCUAAUAAAUAAGUUUUACCAGUGAAUUAACAAAUCAUUUUCAUCAAAUUCCUCUUAUGCAUAAACUCCAUUCAGCAUGUAAUCGGGUUUUUAAUACACCAAAGUCCAUUUUAAAAAGUUUUAUUUUUCCCUAAGACGUCUCUGGCCGGAGUUUAACUAGUGCAUUUGUAUUAAGUUUCGUCCUAUCGUACAGACUUUUGCAGUGUAGAUCUAGAUAAGGAAAAUGAAUUUAUGGUACUGGAGAAUCAUCUUAACGCUAAUAAGUUUAAUUGCGAUAUGCAGCUACUCAAGAGCCGCUGCAAGAGCCUCCAAUGGAUCUGUCGAUUUGAACGAUUUAGUUGCGUCAAGUAUAAAUCUGAACGGAACACUUAGUCCGACGUCCCAUGAGAUUUUUGAUGCCACGAUUUCUACUACUAUUGUAUACGGAAGCUCCUCAACAGAGCAGGCUGUGACAACAGGAACCAAUAAGUUUCCAGCCGUUGAAGUAUCUUCUCAAAAGGGAUCCGAACCCGCCGAUUGUUCGCAGCGUGAAAAAUACAGGAUACAGCCCAUAGCAAAGGACACGUCACGCUUGCGAAAGUGCUGUCCACAUGGAGAAAAUUUGGACAUAUAUCGUGAGAACCAAAGCGAUUCAAUGUGCGACAGCGCCGUGGUGAACUUCGAACCGACUAUAAUAACUGCCGUUCUGUUUGAUAACUGCAUCGAGGAUCUGGAAAUUCCGACUGCUUUGUCCUAUGAGAUUGGCAAUCCAUGCAACAGCUCCCUUCAAUAUGACGAUCAAGAGGACGCCUUCUUCGUGCUGCAGGAUGGAUCCUUGUUGAUCAUUGACAAGUUUGGCAACGAAUCAUAUACGGUUGAACAGAAUUACUGUCUGGAUGUUGAUAAGUCGGGAAAUCUUUUUGCCUUCACAUGCGUUACACAGGUCGAAGAGCAAAUUGCAUUCGCCAAGGUAAUUUUCGUUGCUGUUUUAAUGCUGAUCUCCAUGCCGUGUCUACUGCUGGUCAGCUACCUCCACAUGACACUUCGUCUUUUGCGGAAUCUGCAUGGCCUCUCACUGAGUUUGAUGUCCUUGUGCCUGGCCUCUGGAUACUUUGUGCACUCAGUCGUGCACAUUUACGGAAUAUCAAAUACUGGAUUCAUUGGCUAUGUCAUACAGUUCUUCAUUUUGAGCUAUUUCUUUUGGUAUUUAUGUAUAUGCUUUAACGUUCUUCUGAAUGUGUGGUAUAAGUUGCCUUGCUGCAUCCAGCUGACAAAGCUCUGGGCAGCUUUUAACUUCGCGUGCUAUUGUAUUUUGGCCUUCACCGGACCGGCCACCAUCGUGGCCAUGACAGUCCAAAAGGGGUUGCCGGGAAUGCCGUCAUACUUCCUACAGGGUCUUACGGAAUCUAUACGUGACUCUCAGCGUUACUUCAUACCUCCAGUGUCCACCGUGUUGUUCUUAAGCUUCCUGAUCAACAUCAUAUCAUUCUUCGGUUUCCAACGCAUCAACGGAUAUGCCAAGGCUAACGGCGAAGAGAGUGAUCUUUGCCGGAACAAUGAGAGGUUCGAUCAGCAGAAAUACGAAGAUGUUAAAAAGGAUGCCAAAUGCGUCUGUCUUCUUGGAAUAAUUAUGGUGAUAAGUUGGCUUCUCGAAAUAGUUACGUUUUACUCAGGCUCAAAAUCGAAUUACCUGCUACUCUGCGACAUGGUGAAUGGCCUCCAGGGAGUUUGGGUAUUGCUUAUUUUUCUUGUUGUGCGCAGGCGCCGCACCAUUAUUUUACGGUGGUGGUAUGACCGGGGCUCACAUAAUAUCGGUGGCACCGAGUUGCAAACACUAAGUAAAAGUAAUAGUCCUACAUAGCUCUAAGAUAAUAUACACAUUAAAAUAACCGUUGCCAACGUUUUCGUAUGCGAUUCGUAUACCCAAAAAGGGGGUAGAUGAAUAUGAAAUGUUAACGAUAAGAUGUUCAAGAUAAAGAUCGCAGAAUCCCCUAUGUAUUCCUAAUUUUAUGAAUUAAUUGCUUAUUGACGUAUGCAUAAAAAAGAUUACGGCCAGACAACACAUAAAUAUGCAUACAAAUCGUU